AUGGAAAAUGUGCUCGACGACAUCUCCCACCGGAGAUACAAUCCCCUUCGUGGCUCCUCUAUCUUGGUCUCUCCCCACCGAACCAAGCGGCCCUGGCAAGGAGCCCAGGAGAGCCCUUCUAAGACUACACUGCCCAACUACGACCCCAAAUGCUACCUUUGUCCCGGGAACAAGCGCGCCCAGGGUGAUACCAACCCCAAUUAUAAGAGCACAUUCGUAUUUGUGAACGACUACAGUGCAGUGAAGGAAGAACAAGCGGCCUAUGAGCCCUCAUAUCAGGAUGAACUCGAAUCGCGGUUCCUCAAAGCCGAGCCCGUAAGCGGCAAGUGCUACGUGCUCACCUUCUCAUCCGCGCAUAACCUGACCCUUGCCGACUUGGCGCCUCACGAAAUUAUGCCCGUGAUCAAUGCCUGGACAGAAAUCUACACAGUACACUUGUCCCCGACGUGGCCGCUAGCGAAACACGCGCCUGCCAAAACUUUGCUACCCACCUCUCCCUCAUCAAGCAUCACCAAGCCCAAGGAGCAGUACCGGUACAUGCAGAUCUUCGAGAACAAAGGCGCGGCGAUGGGGUGCUCAAACCCACACCCGCACGGGCAGGUUUGGACGACUAGCUCAAUGCCGGAAGAGCCCGCCACCGAAAUGAAUCAGUUGAUCAAGUACCGCCAGCAGCACGGCGGUAGCCAUCUGCUGGAGGACUAUGCAGAACUGGAGAGCCGCAAGCAGGAACGCGUUGUGUUUGAGAACGAGGCGUUCCUGGUUGUCUGUCCGUGGUGGGCGACGUGGCCCUUUGAGACAAUGAUUGUCAGCCGCAAUCACAAGCGCGCGCUGGUGGAUUUGUCAGAGGCCGAUAAGAUGCUUCUGGCUGAGGCGAUUGCUGAGACUACCCGUCGCUAUGAUAAUCUCUUCGAGACGCACUUCCCUUACAGUAUGGGUAUUCACCAGGCUCCGCUUGAUGGUACUGAGGAAGAGAUUGAGGCAUCUUACCUGCACUUGCACUUCUAUCCGCCUCUGCUGCGAAGCGCUACCGUGCGCAAGUUCUUGGUUGGCUAUGAGCUUAUGGCAGAGCCUCAACGUGAUAUCACCCCCGAGCAAGCUGCGGCUAAGCUGCGGGCUUGCGGUGGCGAGUUGUACAGGAAGAAAAUCGAUUCGUGA